CGUAUCGAGUCUGGCGAUGAGAAGGACUGAAUGAGUUACCAUCGGGUUAUCAUAUAGAUUGUGUUGAAAUGUGACGGGUCCACAGCACGAGAUUUUAACUCGCCCAAAUGUGUCUGUUUUCAUCGUAUACGGAGUUCGUUCGAUCGCUAUGGUGGCCCUACCUGUACUUUAAGUGAAAAUGAGGAUUUCUCGUUGGAGUUUCCAAGGUUGGAUUACACUAUAUGGAGUACUUGUAUUAACAUGGACUCCGUCGUUUUCUCUCGACAGCUGGAUGCACUUGGGUGUGUCGUCACUGGCCGCUGUCCCCCAGGACCGCGGCACGUGUAGCUCAGUCCCGGGGCUGGUGGAUUUACAACAACAGGAGUGUCUUAAAAACCCCGAGUCUAUUUUGUGUGUGAGCCGGGGCGCUAAGGCGGCCAUCACAGAAUGCCAGAAACAGUUUAAAUUCGAACGUUGGAAUUGUACAACGUCCCAGAACUACAGUGUAUUUGGACCAGUUUUAAAGAAAGGAACAAGAGAGACUGCAUUUAUAUAUGCUAUUUUGAGCGCUGGAGUUGUGCACGCGGUGACGACAGCCUGUAGUCUUGGCAACUUGACGGACUGCUCGUGCGAUACGUCACGGUACGGCGAGCACACGGUGGAGGGGUGGAAGUGGGGAGGGUGUAGUGACAAUAUUCAUUAUGGAGUGUCAUUUAGCAAACGUUUCGUCGACGCCCCGGAAACGCUGAUGCAUCAAAGUUCGCAGAAUCUGCGAAAUAAAAUGAAUCUACACAACAACGAAGUUGGACGUCAGGUCAUAGAAGGGUCAAUGAAACUUCGGUGUCGUUGUCACGGUGUCUCUGGAUCAUGCGCAGUGCAGACAUGUUGGAAAAGUCUGCCGGAUUUCCAUCAGAUUGGCGAAAAACUGAAAACAAAAUAUGAAUGGUCAGUAAGGAUUGCAAGACGAGCACGAAACAGACUUCGAAGGCGUGACAAGACCAAAAGGAACGUACCAGUGGAGGCAGAUAAUCUAGUAUACGUCCAUCGGUCCCCGAAUUACUGUCGAUCAAACCCUAAAAAGGGUAUUCUUGGAACACGGGGCCGUUUGUGCAACAAGACUGUGAGUGGUCCUGAAAGCUGUGACUUACUCUGUUGUGGGAGGGGCUAUAAUACUCAAGUGCUGAGACACGUGGAGCGCUGUCACUGUAAAUUUAUAUGGUGUUGUGAUGUGCAGUGUAAGAAAUGUGAAACGCUCAUCGACAAAUACACAUGUAAAUGAUAUUGACGUAAGAAGGUGAUGGACAGUUGUUAAAAAUGUGAUUCAGGGCCCAAAACGUACUUACCAUGUCUUUUUUCGACGUCAAAUCGGAUUUGCUGUCAUGUGUGAAAACGACAAAACACGCGGACAAGUUCGGUUCUGAUAGGCAUGUCAGUAACAGCGACAGCGCAUGUCCAACGGAAAUGCUUCGUCGGGGUUGAUUCCAUGAUGCUUAAAAUAGCAUGCUCACGAACUUGUUGCCGCCGACGUAUAAUUUGAUAUAAUGUGAAAAAUGUUAUACUUUGUAACUCAACUUAGAUAAGAACGUAGCGUUUCAAUUAGGGCAAUGACUGGUUUUUUUUUUUAUUUCGUUGGUUAUGUGCAUUGUACACAAUUUAUUUUUUUUUAAAUUUUGUUAAAUGUUUUACAUUCAAUCACUAUUAACCAAACAUAACAUCACACCAUCAGUAAUUACUUGCUGUCAAAACAUCCAGUGCACGUAAAGUCGAGACAACAUGCGACCUUUUGAUGCCAGUGGAUAAAUGAGAUGUUCUGGUUUAUCUUUAACGAUAACACGAUAUUUUCAACAAGGAUGCAUGCUACUGUUACAAAUAUAGUUGUGAUUUUUGUUAGAAUAAUUUCCCUUGUUUUUAUAUGUCUAAUUAUGUAGGAUUAAUAUCAAUUGUUUUGUAAAUCGGCAUAAAAUGAGCUUAAUGUCGUCACGUAACAUUGCAUGUAUCUUCCACGGACAAAAAAUGUCUGAUAUACACUUACAUAUAAAGUAGAAUUAAGACUUGUUUCAUGCAUUUGUGCCCACAGUUAUUUAAGACUUGUUUCGUGCAUUUUUGCCCACAUAGUUAUUUUCAUGACCGGAACUCAUAUAAGAUAAACGUGACUUCAUGCGGCAACAUGUCAGUAACUCAACAACGAUUUUUUUUAGUUUGUCAUUCAUUUUUGUAACCGAAUAAGAUGUUGAUUGUAGAGGUCUUGCUGUCUAAAUCAAUCGAUACAGUAUAAUUAGUUAUACGCCAACAAUUAUAAUUAUCAAAGACAAAUGUGACAAGUGUUUAAUUAAUUUCAACCCUAUUAAUUUGACACUGUCACACCGUCAUACAAACUGCGCACAGGCAAACAUUUGUUUUAUUAUGUGGAGCAGUCAUUAUCUCGAUUUGGUGUCGUAUAAGUGUCAAGUGGACUAAUUGAGGGACCAGGGACCCAGUUUUCGGACUUUGGCGAUUAUGCCAAGAGGGUACCUGUCUGAUCAAAUCAAACAAGGGCACAGAAAGUCUUUAGGAGAUCCACUUCAUUUUGAUUUCAAACGACUGUUUUUAUCAUUCAGAUAAAAGAUAUUAUACCCUUGUAAUUGACUCGGUAUCCACGCUCUGCAAGCAGAGAGCAAUUAACAUGUGUAACGCUAGCAGUUUUAUUUGGCAUCGGCAUUACACAUAGCAAGUUGUGAUCAAAGGCAGCGAGUAAUGAAUUCUCCAGUUAUUACAACAUAAAGCCGGAAAGUCUCUCUCCGGCUCACAACAGUUGUUUAGGCACUGCCUUUGAAACGCGUAAAGCCCUAGUAAACCUACGUAAUUUAUGUCUUGGAAGAAUCCUUCUGUAUGAUCCGUUCUAGUCAAUUGGAAAACAGACGGACGAGAAAACGAACUAAGCUGAAUAGUGUUUUUCCAGUUGUGAAGUUUUAACUUUUGAAAAAUUAUACCUAGAUACAUUUGUGUGGAAACAGCUUGAGUAAAUAACAGAAAGGCAAUGUUUUUUUCACCAUGUACCAAUUAUAUAUACGAAUGAUAAUGCUUCAACUAUCAACUAACCACCGAUAUCAAACGGAAGCACCUGUCAUUAAACAUGGUCUCUCGUGCUAGCAAAUUCACAACACUUGUGUAAAUCUCUAAAGCGGCAAAUGACACCGUUAUCUCAGUUAAUCGAGGACACAGUCAGCCCUGUAGAUUUUUCAGAAGUUUUAGAAAAUACCGGAGAUUAAGUAACUGUAAAAAGACUUGAGAAUAAGCUCAUAAUAACUUGUGAAGCUAGAUGUUGCUUUAUAUAAGUGAUAUUUUCACAAACAUUAAACAACUCAGAAAUUAAGAAAUACCGUAUGAAGGACUUGAAAACAAAAAUUUCAUGUAAGUUCAUGUUUCCAUAUUUUGAUUGUAGUUCUCCUUGUGUCUAAAAUAUUUGAUUAUGAAAUAAAUAGUAAUUAUUUUAGAAAAUUGUAAACCGAUGCAGAAAGGAAACUUAAUGAAAAUAACCAUUUGUACGAUGGUCACAUUCAUGCACUUCUGAGACAGGUAUGGUAAUCAAGAUCAGAAAAGUCCCAGGAAAACUCAAAAUCAGAAGAUAUUUUGUAGACAACUUCGUAUGCUGAAAGAAUUCCGGGGAAAAUGUCGAAAUCCUUCAAUUACUAUUGGUCAGUAUCUGCAUCGUAUUGUUCACCUGAAAAUAAAAUCUUCCGUCGUUUGUUUCACGUCAAUUAAGAUUCGUCUAUUUUGUAAUUGCUAUCUUUUUGCAAUAUGAAGAAAUUAUCAAUAUUUCUAUAAAAUUGACUUUAAAAUAAAAAUCUUUGUCUGUGUAUGGCAGUAGAAAUGUACAUGUUUGAAAUUAAACAACUAAGCAUAUAAAAUCAAUCUGCAUUUGUAUAUACAUGUGUAUUUUCAACAAAUCGUAUCCAUUCACUUAUGAGCCCAAAACCACGAUUUUACUUAUAUCCCAAGCAAUGUUGUCUCAUCGUAAAUUAGGUUGUAAUUUUAUUCUUUGAAUUUUAAUUUAAUAAAAACACUACUUAUCAUCUUGCAUUGUAAAUAUAAACAUUUGAGAUUUGUAAAUAUACAGAAAAUAUUUUGUCAACUGUUUUUGUCAUAAUUACGAUAUUUACUGUAUGCAUGUACAAUUCACACCCAGUUGUAUAUUUAUACUUGCAAUAAUAUCUAAAACAAGGA